AUGGAAGGAUGCCAGAAAGAAAUACGAGGACAUCACGGCGGAAAUUUAGUACGACAUUUUUUUACGCAGCAUCGUGCUGAAUAUGACAGAAUUCAAGAAAGGACUUUUUCUGAUAAAAAUGUAAAUUCCCUAACAGAAUACAAUAAAGUUCUUGAAUGCUGCAUAAAUUUAGUUGCAAUCCACGGCAGGCCGUUGUCUAUGCUAGAAGAUGAGGCAUUCCAAAAUUUAAUUACAAUGAUACCUAAUCCUGGGUUAAAACCCAAUAUUAGAAACAUAAGAACGUGUAUUGAGAAUAAAGCCUACGAUGUACGAAAGAAGAUCUAUGAGGAAUUAAAAAAUAAACUGGUAUGUUUAAAAAUUGAUGUAGCUUCUGUGAAAUCAAGAAGAUUCCUCGGAAUAAAUUUGCAGUUCAUUUUAGAUAAGAAGCUGGAGCUUCGUAACUUAUGUGUAGUUGAGCUUCAUGAACGAAAUACUGCAGCGUUCUUGAAAGACACAGUGUUGAUGGUUUUAAGCCGCUACGGAAUCGAGCCUCAGCAGAUAUAUUCUAUCACCUCGGACAACGGCGCUAAUAUGCUUGCAAUGUCUCGUCAAAUUGAAGAAGAAAUACAGGAUUCUCUUGAUGAUUUGAAUAACACUGAAGAACAGGUUGAGGAAUCUGAUAUUAUAUUUUCACCAGCAGAUGGUCAGGAAAUGCUUGAUUUGGUGGAAAGUUUGGAGUUCGAAAGGGAAAAUAUAGCCCAACCUAUUGUGACAGCUGUACGUUGUGCCGCACAUACAUUGCAGCUUGCUGUGAGAGAUGCCUGCAAAGAACUUGAACCCGUUUUCGACUUGUGUCGUCGUGCAGUAAGAACUCUUCGUACACCUAACGGGCACUGGAAUUAA